AUCAUGGAUACCGUUGGUCAAUUUAUAAUUCUUUUUUGGAUAUAGACUAAAAAAAUGAUGACAUGUUAAAUAUGAUUAUUAGCCAAGUAAAAGUGCUCUAAUCAGCUGAAAUUAUUGCGAAAUAUUCUUUAUUUUAGACGGAUUGAAAUUUGGACUAAAAAUAGCAACCAAUGAAAUUGCUUCUUUCACAGAGGCGGAAAAAACCGCGAAAGACACCACCAUUGAUUUUACGUUUGCUUUGAUGUGAUGGCCGAUGGCCCUGUUGAUCGAGUGUGACACCUGUGACAUUAUUGCAAAGUGUAACUUAAUAAUGUUUAUUUUUUGAAGUUUGUGGUAUGCAUGUCAAUGCUCAAAAUACAAGUAUGGAUACUCAUGCGGUAGCUGCUGUACCAAGUCCUCGUCCGACCCCACAGUUUUACAGUGAUCCUCAAACCUUUUCUGUGAAGAAGUUGAAGUUGGCUGGAACCCCAAAAGACCAGCUUCCCCCUCGGCCGCCAGUGAAAAGCUGCCCGCCUUUGAGUCGAGUCUUUCCUCAUAAAAAUGUUCUUGCAAGCGCCCAUGCCCAACCAGUCACCUUUAGGCACCCUGAAGGCUCUAUGCUCAGCCCUAAGUACAAUGAGAACUCUAAGGCCCUGUACUUUGAACAAAUGUUCACUGAUGUGCAGCCCAUCGGCUUUGGCUCGUUUGGAGAGGUUUUCAAGGCAAAGAGUAAGGAAGACAAGAAGUAUUAUGCUGUGAAGAAAUCUCGGGAGAGAUUCAAGGGGCAGUUUGACAGGAAACGGAAGCUGGAAGAGGUAGCAAAGCACGAGACUCUUCCCCCCAACCGCAACUGCAUUGGAUUUGUAAGGGCCUGGGAGGAGAAUGGCCACUUGUACAUCCAAACCGAGCUCUGUGACCUCAGCGUUUCUGAGUACUGCUACCAGAACCACAAUUUACCAGAAAGGCUGAUCUGGAAUUAUAUGGUGGAUCUUCUUAUGGCAGUGAAACACCUUCACGACCACAACUUGGUUCAUAUGGACAUCAAGCCAGAGAACGCUUUCAUCUCUUUUGAUGGCGUUUGCAAGUUGGGAGACUUUGGACUGGUCAUUGACCUCACCAAGAAAAAAGAAGUGAACGACCCAGUGGAGGGAGAUCCCAGAUACUUGGCACCUGAGUUGUUGGAGGGAAAGUUUGGCAAACACGCUGACAUUUUCUCCCUGGGAAUUUUUUUCUUGGAGAUCUGCCACAAUGUUGAGAUUCCGAGGGGAGGCCAGCUCUGGCACCUGCUGCGUAAUGGCUCAUUGCCCUCGGAAUUCUUUCGAGAGCGGAGUCCAGAACUGAAGGCUGUGAUCACUAGCAUGCUGGAAACAGAUUACAACCGUCGACCCACGGUGGACCAAGUGCUAGCAAUGCCAAGUAUAAGAGCUGUGUACAAGAAGAGAAAUCAUGACAGCAUGAUCUCCAAUGUUGUCAACAUACUGAGACCAGGAAGCCUUUUAUCUGCCAACGCCGAGCCCCACACACCCCCUCAGGGUCCAAAUGGUCGACAGAGUCCCAAGUCGGACAGAGACUGCAGCUCUGACGAUGAUUUCCUGGCCGACGAUCACGACCGUCGCACUCACGGCUCAGACUUACUUAAUUCUUCCGACGAGUUUGCUAUGCCAGUUGAUCCCCCUCCGCGGCGAGCAUACACAACCCCUGCCCUGCGCAGACGGCCGGCUACAACUGUUCUUAAUAAUGGCUCGCCAAUCAAAAGGACCCUGUUUACCAGUUCAAUAACCAGCACCCCGUCCUCUCGGGUCUUGCCAACCGACAGCCAGCGCCCGUGUCCAGACGGCGACAACCGGUCAGGCACGCCGCCUCCCAUCUGUUCGCUGACCACGAUGGAGUGUGACGAGCCGAAAGCCGGGAUAGAGCCCAAGAACCUGCUGGAUAUGUUUGAGGCAGCCAGCGAUGAAGAUGACAUCUAGACACCUAGGGCCCCAUUCCUUUCUGCAGUUCAUGGUUCCUUUUAACUGUGGACUUUGUAGCUCUGUUCCUGCCUCUGUCCAGGCCCAAGUAGGGGACUAGAAAAGUAAGGUUCACAGUCACACUGGAAAUAGAUCACUUUUGGGGCGUCUCUUAUUCUUUUCUGCUGAGUAAACUAGUCUUAUGAGAAAAAAAAAUUUCUUUCUAUUUCUAUAUAUAAUUUCACACAUAUUUUGUCUUUAAAGAAUUGUUACUUUUAUCUUUGCAGUAUUUUCAAUCUAAAGGUGUACUUUUGUAUUUUAUGGUUCGGUAAAGACAAGUUUAUGCCUGGAGCAUUUUAAGACAUUCUUUGGCAUUUGUCGCGGAGCACAAUGCUUCUUUGUCUGAUCGCGGCUUGGAUGUUUGGGUUGGGCAUUAUAAAGUUUAAGCUGUCAUGGAUUCCAGAACUUAAGAGCCUCUAGUGCCAUUUCAUGAGAAGGAGAAGGGAGUGUUUCUUUGAUAGAAUUUGAACAAUCUUUCUUUAAGAUUCUCAUUUUCUAAAAUCACAGACCAUAAUAUUGAUCAAUAAAACCAAUUCAUUAACUUACCUACGAGCUUGUUCUGAAAAUACCCCCAUGCACGCACACACACACACUGAAAAUGAUUGAAAAUUUUUAUUUGUAAACGUCUACCAAAGUAACCAGUUCUCCUGUUUACAAUCUUUAGGAGUUAAAGUUAAUCAGUGUCUGUUCUUCUGUUCUCCUGUUCAGAAUCUCCCCGCUGACAUGGUUGUGUUGAAUGGGAUCCAAAACCUAUAAUUUGCAUUUUGUGUCAGGCCGGAGACCGUCUGAGAAAUGAGUGGCAUUCAGAACUUGGAAUUUCAGGCUGGCCCUGUCUCUGCUUUAUUGCAUUUUGCACUGUCGUUUACAACAGUGGCCCAGAACCUAGUGAUUAUCGUUAUACCCAUGUCCCUUUGUCCCUCUCUCUCUCUCUCUCUCUAUCUCCCCGUAAUGGCGUUUGGCAGUUUCCCCUUGGGUGGGGGUGUGAGAUUUCGUGCUUGCUCGUUGAACAGAAAUUUAUUAAUGGCAACCUGUUAGUGUAAAGUCACCAGUUUUGAGUUGCAUAAUUUGGUGUUUUUUUUUAAAAAGCAACCGAAAAAAAACCCCCCAUUUGUCUAUUAGUUUUUAAUAUCCGGACUUUUGUCACUUUAGGACGGUUGAGCAGGCUCCAGGUUUAGUUUCUCUUCACCACAUUACCAGUGUUGAGAAUGUCUUUCUCCAAUAUUGAAAGGAAUGCCUUUCUCCAAUAUUGAAAGGUAUCGAUCAGUUUUCUUAAUUUGCUGCCGUCAUGUUUAGUGUCUCCAAGGCAGGGGAAAAUUCAGAGAUCUUGGGAGUCGGGUAAAUGUGUAUGUGCCGGUGUAUUGUAUUUUUGGCACACAACCGUGUUUGUUCGUAUAUGUGUAUAUGACACACUGCAGUGUGUGCCCAUGUAUGUGUAUAUGACACACUAUAGUGAAGUAAAAAGUUUGCAGCACAACUUAUCAUUUUCAAAUAACUCUUCAACUAAUUUUACAGUGAAUACAUUUUAUUUUUUUUUGCGCUAAAGGUUCUCAAAACAUGCUUUCAAUCAGAAUUGUGUCACGGUAAGAUGGCGGACGGGCUUGCUUUUAAAAGUGCCGUUGUCCCAGCUGAUGGGAUGUCAACAUUUUAAAAUCUGUAAACACUCACCGGGAUUUUUUAUCAGUAUUUAAAAUCU